CAAAGUGCUGUCGCCGCGCUAGCUAGUUAGCUCCUGCCUCGUUAAACCUACCCGAGUUUGGUUAAUGUAAAAUAAAAUUAUGUUUGGUUCGUCGAGAUCGGGAGGAGUCAGAGGGGGGCAAGACCAGUUCAACUGGGAUGACGUGAAAGUCGACAAACACAGGGAAAAUUAUCUCGGCAACUCUUUGAUGGCACCAGUUGGGCGCUGGCAAAAGGGCAAAGACCUGACAUGGUAUGCUAAAGACAAAAAGGGAGCUAAAGCUUUGUCUAAAGAAGAGGAGCUUGCCGCUGUGAGGGCUGCAGAACAGGAAGCUUUGAUGGCUGCACUUGGGCACAAAAAUAUAAAGAGACAGCCAACUGGCCUGACAAAAGAGGACCUUGCAGAUGUAUACAGGAGGGAAGAGCCUGAUGGUGAGGAGAAAAACGUGGACCGCAUCUCAGGUCUGGGGAGCUCCAGUGCAGGGUCGCGGAAAAUGGUGCUCUCCCAAAAAGAGAAAGAGGCUGCCAAAAUGGGCUUGCCAGUUUUCACUCACCAUAAGACGGAGGGCCGUCCAGAAACCUCGUCAAAACAGACAUGUAUCAGUGUAGAGAAAGAGGAAAUUGAGCAAAAACAUGAAAGCAAAAAGAAAAAGAAGGAAAAGAAGAGCAAAAAAGAGAAAAAGAAGAAGGAAAAAAAGAGGAAAAGACAAAGAAGAGACUCUUUAACCUCCUCAGAAUCAGAUGAUGACAGAAAAAGGCACAGAAAGGACCACCAUCAUCAUAAUCCAUCAUGCCACAGUCAGAGUGGAGCCAGACCCCAUGACAGCCAUUCAAGGGGGGAUGCAAAGGCCGAGCACCUCCCCUCCUCCCCCCGUCGUCGCCGGCAGCGGCAUGACACAGACUCCUCCAACAGGGGGUCCCCUGACCCCCGUGAUCGUCCCCGCCACAAGAUGGCUCCCGCUGCUGCCACACAAAGGCACAGGCGGCGCCACGACACAGACUCGGACAGCUAAUGCCCUCCCCCACCCCCUCAAUCAGACUGAGUGCCCAGCAGCAGCCUUACUGGCUUCUAAGACCUCAUUUUACCCCGGACACCCCAUCGGACUAUGAAUGGAAAUGGCUUCUUUUGCGCCACCAGCAGGGUUUGGACAUGUUUUAGUGACUCUGUUGCUUUAGUUUUUUGGGGUUUUUUUUUUUUUCUUAUGGCUCAUGUUCUUAUUACAGCAAAUAUUUUGUCAGACAAAGGGUAGAUGGCCUCUUUAUAUGGCCGAAUACCGUUAGGACCGCCACACACAAACCAAGCUGAUGGACCAGCCGGAGAGAGGGCCAGACAAAGCCACCCUGUAAAGGACCCAAGACUCCUACCCCCUCCUCUUCCACAGCUACCAUACUCUCCUGCCAUGUUAUACAGGCUUGGCUGCAUUAACCAUAGCAGCCUAAUCAACCUGAAAGAACGUCGUCUUAGAUUGCCCUCCCCGAACCCCACCCCCCCUUCCAAAUCUGAUGCCAAUGCAUGCACAUACCUAACAACAUGGAGGGUGAGCAGUUAACAUUUAUCACCGUUUUAAAAUGACCGUUAGGUGGUUUCUACCACCUUGGAACAGCCCAUUUCUCUCCAGGUCAAGGGGUGACAGCCUCUGCAGGAGGGUGCAAUGACACCAAUUUCGAGGUCCAUUGUCAGAUUAUAUCAUUGCUUCAGCUGAGAUCCAAACCUUAGUUUACUCUUUUCAAAGGUGCAAUGGA